UAUAUAUGUAACAGGAAACAUAAACCCCCACUUCUCUCUCUAAAAUCUGAGAUGUAAAUUUAUAAAGUGCAAUAAUUAUCUUCUUAUUUUUUUUCUUCAUUGAAAAAAUGAGAGCAGAAUUGAGGGGGAAAACGAGUUCAAUUUCAGUGCAUAAUUCAACGAUUUUGAAUAGGGCUCAUAAUUCUGUUUGUGGUGCGUUGAAGGGGUGCCUUGGAAGCCUAGACGGUGGGUGUAUUGAGAAGCUUUUGGUUCACUGUGGCAGUGCUCUUGAGAGCCACGAUGUGACUUUGGCUCAGCAAGUUAUGUGGGUUCUUAAUAACGUCGCCUCCCCGGUUGGGGACCCUAAUCAACGCCUCACUUCUUGGUUUUUGAGGGCUUUGAUUUCUAGGGCCUCUAGGGUUUGUCCGUCUCCGUCUCCGACUCCGACUCCGAUACCGAUGGAUUUUAAUGGAAGUAGUACGCGUGUUGAGUCGAGGUUGAUGUCCGUGACUGACCUUGCCAGAUAUGUAGAUGUGAUUCCAUGGCAUCGGUUUGGGUUUUGUGCAGCAAAUAUUGCUAUUUACAAAGCAAUUCAAAGGUACCAAAAAGUUCAUAUAUUAGAUUUUAGCAUUUCUCAUUGUAUGCAAUGGCCAACUCUCAUAGAUGCCUUAUCCAAAAGACCACAAGGCCCUCCUUCCCUUCGUAUCACUGUCCCUUCUUUUAGACCACCCGUUCCUCCUUUACUCAAUAUCCCCACCCACCAAAUUGGCCUUUGUUUAACCAAAUUUGCCAGUUCCAAAAACAUCCCAUUUCAAUUCAAUCUCUUUCCUUAUAACCAUAAUAAUAACAUCUCAAUUGAUCCUUCAAGUUUAAAUCUCCAAGAUGAUGAGGCAUUGGUCAUAAAUUGCCAACACUGGCUUCGAUACGUCUCGAACCACGACUCCUCCAAAGACGACUUCAUUAACAAGACAAAAAGUCUCAACCCACGAAUAAUGAUCGUGGUUGACGAAGAUUCCGACAUGACUGACUCGAGUCUCGCCUCGAGAAUUACGACGUGUUUUAACUAUUUUUGGAUACCGUUCGACGCGCUCGAAACUUUCUUGUCGAAAGAUAGCAUGCAGAGGCUCGAGUACGAGGCUGAUAUUGGACAACGAAUUGAGAAUAUUAUUGGAUUUGAAGGAAACCAAAGGGCGGAGAGAUUGGAAAGUUGUGUGAAGGUUUUGGAGAGAAUGAGGAAUGGUGGAUACUUAAACGUACCGUUUUGUGAUGAUGUGGCAGAUGAGGUGAAAGCCUUGCUGGCAGAGCAGGCCAGUGGAUGGGGAAUGAAGAGGGAAGAAGAUGCAUUGGUGCUGACGUGGAAGGGUCAUAAUUCAGUGUUUGUCACAGCUUGGGUUACUGAUGAUGAAAUUGGUGACAUGGCUUGAAUUUAUUUUAUAAUUAAUUGUUCAAUAUUUAUUGGAUUUUGGUUUUGGGUUUUAGUGGUCCAGUGAUCUUAGGGGAAAUCUUUAGGAGCAGUGUGUUUUCUUUGUCUCAAAAGGCUACAACAGCUUUUCAUAGGUCUCUAGUUUGGUUUGGUUGGCUCAUUUCAGAAGAAAAAAAAAUCAACAAGAAUGGUUGGAUAUUAAUCGAACAAAUUCGAAGUAUUUUUGUAGUUUCUCUUAUAUAUACGUGCCACACUAUUUUAAUGUUGUCAAUCAUAUUGUAACAGUGCCUCUA